CGUUUCGUUUGAUUGAAGUUUCCCCUAAAACCAAACAAUAAUCAUGGCGGAGCAUGAUGUGAAUUCGUUAGACAAUAAACAAACAAUACUAAAAAACGGAAAUAAACAAUGGGUUAAAUUAAACGUCGGCGGUACAUAUUUUUUAACGACAAAAACUACCCUAACGAGAGACCCCAACUCAUUUUUAUACAGAUUAGUGCAGGAAGAUGCGGAUCUAAUUUCUGAUAAGGACGACACCGGAGCUUACCUAAUAGACAGAGAUCCGACGUACUUCUCGCCCGUGCUGAACUAUCUACGGCACGGCAAAUUAGUUAUAAAUAAGGGCUUAGCGGAGGAAGGUAUCUUAGAGGAGGCGGAAUUUUACAAUAUCGCCGAAUUAAUAAAACUAGUUAAGGAACGUAUUUAUCAUAGGGAUAUACAGCCGAACAAAGAUGGCAAGACGCACGUCUAUCGAGUUUUGCAGUGUCACGAAGACGAACUCACGCAGAUGGUGUCGACGAUGUCGGACGGCUGGAAGUUCGAGCAGUUGGUCAACAUUGGCUCUCAGUACAAUUACGGUGCAGAGGAACAUGCGGAAUUUCUGUGCGUCGUGAGUAGGGAAUAUGGCGUGCCUGAAGGUUUAGAAGUUGAACAUAGCGAUCGAGGCAAAGUGUUACAGCAGAAAGGCUCUCGCAUGUAAAUUGAGCGAGUUUAGGAGUCUUUGUACAUAAUUACUUAAUGACAGUGUUGGGCUGUUUUAUUUCAUACUGAUAUUAUUGAGGAAGCGGGAUGUUAAAAGGCUGUUAACGUUUUUGAUAUGGCAAAUCGAGCAGUUUAUGGCUGACUUGUUUUGGGCUUUAAUUAUGAUACUCUAAAUUGUGCCAAAUGUGCCUCUACAUUUAAAAGUUAACCGUGCAGCAAGUUAACAGCCGAUUUAGCAAAAGAGUAUUUGUUCUCGCAUUCGAGAGUAUUGUAUAUAAAAUAGAUUAAUAAAUGAUCCUUAAUGAACGCACAGAAUUUAUAGGAUAACGUAUUAUUUUUCAAUUUUGAUGUUGAUUGUUAGUGGCUUUACAUAAUGUAAUUUUUUUAUCCUUUAUAUAUCCAAAACUACCCAUAAAAUAAAAAAAAUUGUAGCCACUUAUAAAUACUGUUGUCUAUUUAAUCCUGUUCAAACAAGAAUUCAUUUUCUAAUGUCUCCAGUAUACUGUUGUAAAUUAUAUAUAUAAUGCUUGUACUCGCAAGAAUUUUGUUUAUCAGAGUAUCAUUGUUUUGUUGGAGAGUUGCAUAAAAGACAAUUUAGUAACACCAUAAAACACUUACAAAAGUUCUUUCUUGCACAUUACUUUGCUUAAAAACAGGAGCGUGUAAAGAAAAAUUUGUGCAGGUGUAUGGUGUUUUAAGGUUUAGCAUUGAUACCGUCAGUAAAAUUAAUUGAAAUGAUGUGUCCUAUACAGGGGAACGGUUCGACUGAAAAACUGACCCUGUAUAUUAACAGGAGAAAGUAAUGCUUUAUAGAUAUAGUUGCAUUAAGUGUUAUUCAAAUCACGUACUUGUGUUGUGUAAUUUUGAUAUAAGAAAAGUCUUCAGCUACUUGUAAUUCGAAUGGAACUCGGAGGAAUGACACAUUUGUAUUAUCAAAUCACUUUGUGUAACUUGUUUUUAUAGUUCUUUUUUUUGUUACAUAUCUGGAAAUUCUUACUAAAAACUGUGCUGUAGUUUUUCGAUAUAACACUUUUUUACGGACUGUCUAGAACAAUAAGUAUAAAUACCUAUAAAGCUUUGUUUUGUACAAUAAACGACUAUGUGCAAUAA